GGUGUGGCAUCAUUCUAAAGUGGGCGGGGCUGGUACUCCAUUUUUAUAGCUAGCUGGCUCAGCACAAUGUCUCACAAAAGUAAUGGUGUUACUAAAAAGAAGUUCUCUAGAGUCAACUUAGCCCUCAAUGAGCAGUCAAGAGAGGCUGACAAGAGUAGUACAUGUAGGAAGAUCGUGUGCGAUAUUCUCACUCUGCGUGUGCUCGGAUACAUUCUGAAGCAACCACCAUCUUGUAUCUUCAUCUUUACCCUGACUGUGAUCUCAGUAUGUCUACCUUUCAUUGGACUGUAUAUAGCAGGGAAAUCAAAGCUACCUGACCUGGACGCAAUGCAGAAUUGGAACUCAUACAUUGGUAAACUCGGACACAAUAACUACUGCUUCAAAGUCAAUCCUCGAUCAACCAAACCCAACAAUCGGAACAUAUCGUCCAUCCUACCCUCCUACCCUCCAUUCAACAAGACGAUCAUUAAUAACAGAACCAUGCUCACAACAUGUGUGGAGUUAGAGUUCGAUGUGCACGAAAAGUUUGUAAAGGAUCAAGUAAAGAAGGAUCAAGCAAAGAAGGAUCAAUCAAAGAAGGAUCAAGCAAAGAAGGAUCAAGCAAAGAAGGAUAAAGUAAAGAAUAUAGUGUUGGUGGCUAACCUCAUAGGACAAGAGAUUGGGACACAAAUAAAAUGUGAUGGUGAGAGGAUUGAUGGACAAGUCUUUGUGCAUUUCUGGCUGGACGUUUCACCUGACACAUUGAGUGAUACCAAGUGCCCUGAUGGCUAUUGUAGAGUGAAUGGGAGUGUCCUUAUCACGGCCCCCUCUAAGUCUGUCCCCACUCGACUACCACAGGUACACGAGGACUUCACCUUCGAAACACAAGUCAUUAACUGCAAAAAGCUAGCUGUGAAUGAUACAAGAUGCCCUACCUUGUGUCAACACUCAUUGGAUCUCACUGUCCCCAAUGAUGGCACUGAGGUGGCCGAUAUUGUCAUGGCAACAGACUGCUCUGAGGAGAGUGAAGUGAGAGUGGUCAACGAGCACAAGUUCGGAGCCAAAGUCAACGACAUCAUUAAGAUCAUUCUGAGCGAUACUGACAAGACAGUGGCGGCCCACCACAUGUACCUGGCAGCAGUGGCGGUGGCAGCUCUCAGUCUAGUGUUCACACUGGGCAUACUACUCACUGACAGACCAACAGACCCUAAACCUAGCGUUGAGUAGCUAGCUCUGUUUCAUUAGUAUUUUUUUCACUGUCUUUUGAUCUCACGUGCUGUUGUCAAUAAAAAUUUUACAAAAGGUA